UUCUUGCUUUUUCUAACAUUUAUCCUCCAUUCAUUUCUGAAACGAACCCUGAAUCCCAAAAUCCUGUUAUUGUUGUGCUGAUCAUAUCCCUUUGCUCCUCCAGGCAUGGUGUUGGUAUGUUUCGAGGGGGACAUAGACGGCUAUAUCAACCUGGUGGCGUACCCGUACGUGGAGAGUGAGGGCCUGGACCACGAGGACUUACCGGAGAGGGACCAACCACGGAGGAAACACUCCCGACGCAGCCUCCACCGCUCCACCUCCGAGAUCAAAGAGGAGAGGCUACCGCACGAGAGUGACAGCACUGAGAAUCUCCAGGAACUGAAGAGUCCUCGUCUAGAGCUCCAGAUCUACAGUGAUAUUCCCUUCCAGAUGCUGGAUAAUAACAGCGGCCUGGGCUCAGAGAAGAUCAGCCACAACCCCUGGAGUCUCCGCUGUCACAGGCAGCAGCUCAGCCGCAUGAGAUCAGAGUCCAAGGACAGGAAGCUCUACAAGUUCCUGCUCCUGGAGAACGUGGUUCACCACUUCAGCUACCCGUGCAUCCUGGACCUGAAGAUGGGCACGCGGCAGCACGGGGACGACGCCUCGGAGGAGAAGGCAGCCAGGCAGAUGAAGAAGUGUGAACAGAGCACCUCCGCCACCCUGGGCGUGCGAGUCUGUGGAAUGCAGGUGUACCAGAUGGAUACGGGCCACUAUCUGUGCAGGAACAAGUACUACGGCCGCAGCCUGUCCAUCGAGGGUUUCCGCCACGCCCUCCACCAAUACCUGCACAACGGGGCGUCGCUCAGGAAGGACCUGUUUGAGCCCAUGCUGUGUCAGUUACGCAGCCUGAAGGCCGUUCUGGAGAGACAGACCACCUACCGCUUCUACUCAUCCUCCCUGCUCAUCAUCUAUGAGGGGAAGGAGCCUGAGCUGGCCYACGUCUGGCAGAAAGCACCACGGCUUGUACCACAGCCAGCCGCUGAGAUGCCCUCCGAGAAGGAGGAGGUGGCGCUGGUCAACCCAGGAGUAGGAAUGAGUGUCCAGGGACCGGGGUUACUAUUGGGUCUCCAAACGGUCCAGAGACCGACUGAAGAACCCCUCCAGCUCCCGCAGUCUCUCCUACCACCACCACACUGCCCCACCGCCCCUCCACAGCAGCCUCCCUCGGACCCUCACGGCCCACCUCGUCCUCCAACCCGCCCCUCCAGCCCUAGCAUCAGUGUGGACGUCCGCAUGAUAGACUUUGCCCACAGCACCUUCAAAGGUUUCCGCGACGACCAGACGGUGCAUGACGGGCCGGAUCGGGGCUACGUGUUUGGAUUGGAGAGCCUCAUCAAGAUCCUGGAGGGCAUAAAGGAGGAGAACCUGUAGCGGUAGAACCUGUAGCGGUAGAACCUGGGACUGACACAUUGGAUGUGUCUCAAAGGGUAUUCCCUAUUCCCUUUAUAGUGCACUACUUUUGACCAGGGCCCACA